AGGCAAACAGUUGUGCACAAACGUUCAUAGACAAAUGAAAAAAAAAAUUAUAUUGAAAAUCCGUGAUAGGCAAUGACUUAACGUUAUCACCGAGGCCAUUUGCAUUUUCAACUUGCAGUUAUCAGAGUUAUUCACGGUGUGAAACUCGGCAGUACCUUUUUGCCAGUAGAAAUUGCCACGAAUUACGAGUUGUUCGUCGAUCAAUCGAUCAAUAGAUUUUUUUUGGCAAGCGACUAGAUUCUGGUCGGCGGUAAAUCGGGUGAAAAACAAAAUGGAGUAAAAAAGGGGUGGAAUUAAUGGCAGAGUACAUUUCCGUGUUUUGAUCAUGACCUACGCAAUGACCGGGUCAAGGUCAACCCUCAGGAUCACGCGCAGGCGAUAUGAAUGAUGCAGGCAGUGGAUAGGAUGGAGCAAACCGUUGGUUGGGCCGCAAAGGAUGUGCCUGGGUGCAAUGACCUGGAGUCAUUGCUCGUCAGUAUCAAGCGAACUGGUGCAUCAGUGGAUAGUGACCUGGACAGCGGUUACCAGGACGUCGAUAAUCGAUCGGCAACUCCAGGAACAUCCAAGGAUUCCCAGGAGUCUGACACUGAUUCCAUCGACAAGGACAGUAAUUCGGACAGUGAGUCGGGGAAACAAAAUUCUAGAACUCCUGUGGAUGAGAAUGUGCAGCAGUUGAUUUCAUUUCUCAAUGUAAAAUUACCGGACAACUGGGAUACCCUGGAGAAGAUGGACCAACUGAAAAAGGUCAAUGAAUAUAUCCAUCAAUAUUGUCCUAAUGUACCGGACAGUCUGAUUACUAAUGUCGCUGGUCAUCUUGUACCUGAUGACUCGGGAAAUCUUCCAUCUGACGUACCAGAUUGGCUGGACAAGGAGAAGUUCACCAGGGGUCAGCGCCUGGCCAGGGACAAUAUUUUCGGAAUAUUCUUCUCGGAGGCGUUGUCCUUGUACACUCUGUACUCCUUCGACAACGGCCUCAAACCCAUCGUCAUGACAGGCCGAUCAUCAGAUCCUUAUACUUCCUUCAAAAGAUUCUUGUCGACAGCGAGUAGAGUGAGAAAUUGGUUCACCAGUGAUCCCUGGACCAAGGGAACACCAGCUUACAAUGAUAUCCAGGUAGUGAGGAGUCUGCACACCAGUGUCAGGAAGACAUUGAGGAAUAUGUCGCUGUCAGAGCUGGAUAGGCUUGCAAAAAUAAAGGAUCCGUUGGCAGAGAGGACUGAGAUCCUCCUGGAGGACUUCAGAUCGUCCUGUCCCGCACCCAAGACUGGUCAAUGCCCUCAUAUGAUGCCGGGAAUAAAGGGCAACAGGCCCCGUGGCUUGAACCAGGGGGAAAUGGGACUAACCAUGUUUGGAUUCGUUGGACUCCCAAUUUUGUUCCCCGAGGCUUUCGGCAUUCAUUACUCGAGUGAGCAAGAUCUUGAUGACUUCUGCCACCUCUGGAGGGGAUUGGGUUAUCUCUUGGGAAUUUCGGAUGAGUACAACUUCUGCAAUGGAGGUCUGAAAGAGACUCAACAGCGUAGCCGGGACUUCCUGGACUACUGGGUUAAACCAAAUUUCAGGGAAAUACCCCCUGAAUUUGAGCACAUGAUGAGGUGCGUCUACGAGGGUUUACAUCUGUACUUUCCAGGCUCAUCAUACGACGCUUCAUUGUUGUACCUCACGGAUUUGAUGGGUCUCCACAUGCCGAGAUUACGAGCAUCCAUGACUUAUUCAUCGUGGCUCAGAUAUUAUCUCUCGAAAACAAUAUUUUACUAUUCAUUCAAACUCAACUGGAUAAAGUCGAGGUUGAACAGACGGAUAAAUAGUGCGAUGGAUCGAGCGUGUGCCUUCAACGAGGAAAAACACGAGGAGUUGAAAAAAAAAUCAAAGGAAAUAGUAUCGACUUUAUUGGAGAAUCGUCAUGACAAAUCCAGUGACAUUGACAGUACUAAUUUAUAGCACAAGGUGAUCACCACCUGUUUGCACUUAUUCGCAGAAUACGUGUCUCAAGGUUUUUAAUUUUUUAAAAGGGAUACGUUUUUACAUUCAAUACCAUAAAGCUAUUGUCUGAUUGCUGUGAAUGGUCUGUGAUAUGAAUAAAGAAAUUUAUUACGA